AUGAGCGGCAUACAAUCUACCCCUGUGGUUCUCAGAGCCUCUAACAAUCCUGUCAACCUACAAGGCACCCGCAUCGGCGACCCUGACGUGCUCGAAGGAUGGAAGAAGGAGCUUAGAGGCAAGCUCAACCUCUCAGAAGAUACGGGGAGCGAAUUUCUGGAAACAUACGUUCCUUCAAGCACUCCGUGCACUUGCGCGGAUGUCAGUGGCAAGGAGUUCGACGACUUCAAACCUGUCAAGGGUGGUGAAGUCGAAACGUAUGCUUCCUUCAUCGAAGGUCUCAAUGCGCUCGUUGCUUCAUUCCCUGACCAGAAGAAGCUGUCGUUCUUCGACUGUCAUACCCAAUUUCAGCGGUUCCCCUACGCCGAUUUCUCCUCCAACCAUCACAAGUCCUAUCCGGACAUUGCUGUCUCUUUUCCUGGUCAGAUCCUGGACGCCGAGACCUCACAUCUCGACUGGUCACGGUUUUCCAUGAUCGUCGAACUGAAAGCCGAGAAUGAGGAUCCAUUCCGCGGCAAGGGGCUCAAGUACUGCAAGACCCUUGUCCAGCUCGCUGUAAAUGCUCGAAAUCUCCUGCAUGCUCACAGCCUCCUUGCUGCCUUUGUCGUUGGUGUUUACGGCGACACAGUGCGCAUUGCUCGCUUCGACCACGCCGGUGCUAUUUUCUCCCAACCCCUGUCGCUGGGUGAGGUCGACGACCUCCGCAUCAUCCAACGGUUUUUCUGGAAUUUUGCCCACCCCAACGACGGCGAAACCGUGGUGGGCUGCGACCCGACCGUUCGCAGGCUGACGCCUGAUGACGAGGAAUGGCUUAAGCAUCGGUUGGAGCUCGCCGGGGUGAGCAGUGAGGGGCUCUUGUCCUCCGAAGCCCGUCGGGCCGAGGUCUUCAAUGACGAUGUGUCAGGGAAUGCGGGUGUGUCCGCUGCAUACAUCCUCUUCAAGGCGCUCGACGUCAACGGCCGUCUGUUCUCUCGAGCGACCACCGUGUGGCUGGGAAUCCGUGACACCCGUAGCUUGGUCAACGGUCGCCUCGUUGACCUAUUUGUGGACAGGAUUCCGGCGGAAGACCUGAAGGUGCGGAUUGUCAAAGACGCGUGGCGACAAGUCGUUCGACGUUCGGAGAAGGAUUUCUAUGCACGCCUGUCAAGGGUACCUUCGACUGAGCACGUGGGGGUCCCUAGUCUUGUCUUCGGUGGGGAUCUGGGAGAGCGUGAGGUGCGUCAAUGGGAGUCACAUCUGUACGGGGCCCCAGUACCAGACCACCAGAGUCGCUUGUCGGGGCCUGUAUCAAAUAUCGCCUCAUCAUCCAUACCUCCGCCAUCCCUCUCCCCUCGGUUGGCCUGCGAUCAAUUUCCUGCGCACCGUCCGAUGCAGCAGACGUUCACUUGGCGUCAAUCUCGGGGGUCUGAGUAUUGGCAUCGCGAACGAAGCCAUAUGCGCUUCGUGGUCGACAAAGUUGGACGACCUCUGAUCAAGUUCCGGAACACUCGGGAGAUGACAGCUGCCAUUCGGGAUGCGAUUCGGGGACAUCGUGUUGCUAUGACCCGCGCGGGCAUCCUCCACCGGGAUGUGAGCGUCAACAACAUACUCAUUGUCGACGACCCGGCAGAACAAGAUUCAUUCAUAGGUUUCAUCCAUGAUUUCGAUUAUUCCUCUAUGAGUCGCGAGUUCCCAGCUGCCAACAUCGCUUCCCUAUCCGCGGCGGCAUUGUCCGAGCUUUUGCUUGGUGAUGACGAUGGUGGUGAGCUCAAGGAAAGAACGGGAACGUUCUACUUCAUGGCUAUCCAGCUCCUGGGCGAUGAAGGCGAUAUCCAUGGGCUUCACCACGACUUGCAGUCGUUCUACUGGGUCAUCCUCUGGGUCGUCCUUCGCCACACAGAUCACACUCAUCCCAAGGGUGACGAAGCUUGCCCACACAUCUUCGAUCCCGGCGAGCGGGCUUCCCUUGCCGCGAAAUACAGCUGGCUCUCUGGACGCCUCCGCAAGGAUCUCCGCGUACGCGAUAACGUCCCCUUGACCGUUCUCCUGAAGGAAUUUGGAGAUUUAUGUGUCCAGAAGUUGUUGUCGGACGACCAGCCGCUCGACUACGAUGAGGUACUUGCGAUCUUCGACAAAGUACUAGAUUCGGACGGGUAUCGGAAUCUAUGGCCCGCGAAGGAUGCGCCCAAGGCCUACAAGCUUCCAGACACUCGCAUCAAGGACGAACUCUCCUCAGGGCAGCGCCGUGCGCAUCAGCGCCAUGGGGCCUCUAAACGGAAACGGGAGGGUGAGAAGGCCCGUAGGACCGGAAGCGAUUCAGAAACCGACAUGGAUGAUGAAACCAAGGAUUUCGAGCCCUAUGAUGAGAUCUCGGAGGAUCGCAGGGUCCGCAUGCAUGGCCGCAAAGGCAACGCGAACUUCAUUGGUGCCCCCAACCCCGCCCGCUUGAUCGAGACCAACCCUUCGUUCACCCUUUGCAGCCCCACUAGAAACUACGAUGUCUCCCUAAUCGAGGCCGACCAGGUCGAGGCGAUUCUAGACUACUCCGACUCUGAAGAUCAGCCGGACGACGCCCCCGACAGUAGCCCAUUCCAAGAGGCAAAGCGUCGGAAGACAGCUGUGUCGGGGACUCGAGUCAGUGCAUCUAGCACGAAGGCUGCCACGACUUUGGUCGGCACGUCGGGGAGCACUCUAGCGAAGAGGGUCUCUAUGAGAGAGCUCCACUCGCUCGGCCACUCUGCCGUCAACGUGGAGUCCUGGCGCGGCCCAGCGAGCAACACCCGGUCCGUGGGCGGUGGUGCGGCUGGCCCGUCUCGAAUGCAGCCUGGCAGGAACGAGAGAAGCAUCCCGCAAGCGUCAAGCAACGCGAGGGCAGGUCGUGCCCGUGGUGCGCGCGGCCGUCAGCGCAGCGGGAAAGAGAAGGCGAUGCGAACUGAGUGA